CCAACCUGAGACAUACGUGCAAGAAAGUCAUGGACUUGGUUAAGGACAGCCACCCCUGGUUCGGGAUGGAGCAGGAGUACACGCUGCUGGGCAUCAACAGCCACCCCUACGGCUGGCCUGACAAUGGCUUCCCCGGCCCGCAGGGCCCCUAUUACUGUGGGGUUGGAGCAGAUAAGGUGUACGGGCGUGAUAUCGUGGAGUCCCACUACAAGGCAUGUCUCUAUGCGGGGGUGAAGAUCUGUGGCACCAAUGCAGAGGUGAUGCCCUCCCAGUGGGAAUUCCAGGUGGGCCCAUGCGAAGGCAUCGAGAUGGGAGAUCACCUCUGGAUGGCUCGGUUCAUCCUCCACCGCGUCUGUGAGGACUUUGGGGUUGUGGCUACUCUGGACCCCAAACCAAUGACUGGCAACUGGAACGGCGCCGGGUGUCACACCAACUACAGCACCGAGGAGAUGCGGAGAGAAGGGGGUCUUAAACACAUCGAAGCCGCCAUCGAGAAGCUGAGCAAGCGGCACGACUACCACAUCUGCGUCUACGACCCGCGGGGUGGCCGGGACAACUCCCGGCGGCUCACCGGCCACCACGAGACGUCCAACAUCUUUGAGUUCUCUGCCGGUGUGGCCAACCGAGGUGCCAGCAUCCGCAUCCCGCGCCAGGUCGGCCAAGACGGCUAUGGCUACUUCGAGGAUCGGCGGCCGGCAGCCAACUGUGACCCCUACGCGGUCACCGAGGCCAUCAUGAGGACGACAGUGCUCAACGAGACUGGGGUGGAGACCAAGGACUAUGCUGACCACUGAGGCCACGGGGUGGGUGGAGGUUAUCGUUUCUACACUAGCUUCUCACGUGGGAUUUGUGCCCGUGUGGUGUCCUCAGCUACAAGCUCAGACUCUUUAGGAACCUCGCUUCUGGUUUUGUGAAACGUCGCCUUAGAAGUAUAUAUAUUUUAUAGUAAGAGGAAGGGGCCCAACCUAUUUUCUCAACCACUUUUUUUCUGGUUCCUGGUUUUAGGUUGUAUGUGGGGAGGUUUUGUUUUUUUUUUUUAAAACUUGGAUUGAAUUUUUUUCUGAUGGACUUUUCACUGUGAUGUACAUAGUUCCCUACGUGGAAGCUGCAGCUGCUGCUGUUUGCAACUGGCGAGGGCGGGUGCUUUUUUUCCGUAUCUCUGUUGCAAGGAAAUGAUAAUAAAUAGUUUUCCUGGCUGCGUGGCAGCCGGGUUAUUCUGCGGCGGGUGCAUUUUUCUGUAGCUCCUAGAGCUCCAUGGAGGAUUUAAUUUGGGUCUUGCUGAUGAGUUGCAGCCACUGAGCAGCCUGCACCAGCCCUGGGCAGGAUCCUUGGGGCAGAUGCCUGGAGCUGCCUUGCCCCAUUUGCCGGCGGCCGAAAGGCCAUCUCCCUCCAUCGUGAUCCCCCGAAAGGCAAACAGAGCGACGCAGCCUGAGCAAACAGCGGCCGGGGCAGCAGCUGGCGGGCAUUUACACAGGGUGUGUGUCGCUGAGUCAGCAAAGCCAGCACGGCGCUGGGCACAGCGAGUGCUAGCCCUCCCCUCUGGGGAUGCCUUUGGGUGAGGGAGGGGAGCCUGGGGACAU